CUUCCUAUUUUUCCUUGUCCGGCUGAAUCACGUAAAUCAGCCUAGUUGUAAACCCACAAGCGAUAAGUGUGAUUAGCAGUGAACCAGUAAGUGAGGAAAUUGGACUUCAUUUGAGUGCUCUCCCUCUUGCAUAGAGGCUUGAGUUUUCCUUCUUAUCCUCCUCUUCUUCGUCAAAUCAUUGAAUUUUGAUGCCAAAAACAGUACAGGAAGAUCUCUAAUUACAGUUUUCCAAAUGAAGCAACAAAGGACUGAUGGGUAUUCUAUUUGCCAAAGUUCAUCCCUCCUCAAGCAUGUUUUACUGGGUCUUAUCGUCUUCCUUGGUCUUUCUUGUCUCUAUUUUGGCUCUUUUUUAGCUCCUCGUGAUGCUGACGAUGCUAUCGACCCUGUGUUUAGUAGCUUUGUUCACAACCCAGAUGCCAUUGAACAAGAUAAUUCUCAUAUUCAAAACCUUGAUUCUCUGCUUCCUAAGACUAUUCCGAUAUGUGACAUGAAAUAUUCAGAGUUAAUACCAUGCUUGGAUAGAAAUCUUAUAUAUCAAAUAAGGUUAAAGGUUAAUCUAACAUUAAUGGAGCAUUAUGAACGCCAUUGCCCACCUCCGGAGCGACGUUUCAAUUGUCUUAUUCCGCCACCAAUUGGUUAUAAGAUACCUAUCAGAUGGCCUGCAAGCAGGGAUGAAGUAUGGAAGGCAAAUAUACCUCAUACACAUCUUGCACAAGAGAAAUCUGACCAACAUUGGAUGGUUGUUAAUGGUGAAAAGAUUAAUUUUCCGGGUGGCGGAACUCAUUUUCAUGAUGGUGCUGAUAAGUAUAUUGUUGCUCUCGCAAGGAUGCUAAAGUUUCCAAGUGAUAAACUUAGCAAUGGUGGAAAUAUAAGGACUGUUCUUGAUGUGGGAUGCGGAGUGGCAAGUUUUGGUGCCUAUCUUCUUUCGCAUGAUAUUAUAGCCAUGUCAUUGGCACCUAAUGACGUACACGAAAAUCAAAUUCAAUUUGCACUGGAGAGAGGAAUUCCAUCUACUCUUGGUGUUUUGGGAACUAAAAGACUUCCGUAUCCUAGUAGGUCAUUUGAAUUGGCGCAUUGCUCUAGAUGUAGGAUUGAUUGGCUUCAGAGAGAUGGGAUUCUUUUGUUAGAACUUGAUAGAGUACUGAGGCCAGGUGGGUAUUUUGUGUAUUCUUCUCCUGAAGCAUAUGCACAAGAUCCAGAAAAUAGAAGAAUUUGGAAUUCAAUGUAUAGCCUUCUAAGGAGAAUUUGCUGGAGAGUUGUUUCAAAGAAAGACCAAACCGUUAUAUGGGCAAAAUCACUGAGCAACAACUGUUAUUUGAAAAGAGAACCCGGAACUACACCUCCAUUAUGUAAUUCGGAUGAUAGCCCAGAUGAAUCUUGGAACGUGUCGAUGAAAACUUGCAUCACUCCGUAUUCAGCUAAAAUGCACAAGGGAAAGGGAAGUGGCUUAGUUCCUUGGCCUCAAAGACUUACUAUACCUCCACCUCGCUUGGAUGAUAUUGGCAUUAGUGCUGAGGAGUUUCAAGCUGACACUAGCACAUGGCGUUUAAGAGUGAAUGAGUAUUGGAACCUAAUGAAACGUGUUCUACAAAAGAACACCCUGCGUAAUGUCAUGGACAUGAACUCCAAUCUUGGUGGAUUUGCUGCCGCUUUGAAUGAUAGAGAUGUUUGGGUGAUGAAUGUUUCCCCUGUUGGUUCUUCUGCAAAGCUCAAGAUUAUCUACGAUCGAGGUCUCAUUGGCACUGUACAUGACUGGUGCGAAGCAUUUUCAACAUAUCCACGCACGUACGAUCUACUCCACGCUUGGAUGGUAUUUUCCGAGGUUUUAGAGAGGGGUUGCAGCCUAGAAGAUCUUUUGAUUGAAAUGGAUAGAAUUUUGAGACCAGAGGGAUUUGUCAUUAUCCGAGACAAGCCUUCAGUUAUUCGUUACAUACAGAAAUACUUAAUUACCUUACGUUGGGAUGAAUGGAUUUUGGAGGUGGAACCAAGGGUCGAUGUUUUGUCAAGAAGCGAAGAAAAAGUCUUGAUUGCGCGUAAGAAGCUGUGGCGCUAUGAUGUUACAGUCAGAUGAGAAUAUCUAUAAGGCGGUCUUAUUGUUGUAAACAAGAUUCAAAUCGUCUACAAGCUGCAACAGCGGCAGGAAAACUAUUUUGGGAGACGCAACAAAAAGCAAACCAAAGGUUUGUAUUCAUCAUUCGGAAAACUCAAUACUUUUUUAAGGUACACGACAAAGUAGACGAACCUUUUUUCGAGGGUGAAAAAACUUAGAGAAGUACAUGUGUUCGGCUAAAAAUGUGCACGAAGGCUUAAUAGUUGAUAGUGCUUUGUACCUCGGCUCUUGUUUUAGUUGUAGCGAUGUUUGCCUCAGAUGUUUUUGCUCAUGUUAAGUGUGCUUAUUUAUCCCCAAGUCUAAAUUUUGUUCGUUUAAUCGCUUUGGGUUAAUGGAAUGUCUUUAAUUACA